AUGAAUGACUACACUUUGGAGCACAACGGAUACAGCGACGUGCCUUACGCAGGGGAAUCAAUGAUGUACCCCAACCCCGCGAUGGAGGAGACGGUGUACGGUGUCUCCGAAGCAGGCGUGCAACAGCCGCUGUAUAGGCAGGCGCCGGCUGCGUACGGCGGCCCUGCGCCGUUGUACCGAAUGUCCGAGUACGAGGUGGCGCCACGAGUAUACCGCCAGGUGCCUGCUCGGUACGGCGGCGGUCCGCUGGCGGGUGGCGGGCCCGUGGGUCCGGCGGUAUACGAGAAGUAUUCGAGUGGGACGGAGAGCGUGGACAUGUCUGAGCGUGUCAAGAGUCGCUGCGACCAGUUGUCAGUGAUCCUGAUGAUUGGAUGCGUGGUGGGCUUGUUCUACAUGUUGGUGAGUUCGUCAUUUGAGGGGCGGAUUGCGGCGUUGUCGCAUCCGCUGAAUUAUCACGGUUAUGCAUGUGGCUGGGACGGGCCGGUGUCCCACCUGCCAUAUGUGUAUUACCCGCUGGACCCGAAGGAUGGGUCGCGGUUGCAGCUGUUGACAGAGCGACCGAUGUGUGUGGAGCGGUGUCCGGGCGAGGAGGACGUGGCGAAGAAGGCGUACAUUUCGAUUUCGGACGCGCGUGCCGUGAAUGUGGGUAAGAGUUUGGCGCUGGUGUCGUUGCUGCAUUCUGUGCGUUCGCCGCUGUAUGCGACUGAGGCGAACUCAGGCGGCUACUGUGUGCCCAAGGCGGGUGUGUUGCGCAGUCAGUUGCAGGCGCGCGUGACUCGGGCCACCUGGCUGCGUUCGGUGGCCUCGACAAUUGUGCACACGGCGCCGGUCUGCGCGGCGGCCGCGGUGGUGGGUUGUGUGCUCUCGUAUAUACUGGGGGUAGGGCUUGUUUCGAACCCGCGCCUGUUCGGUAGCAACAGCUACCUUUUAGCCGCUGGACUGUUGGGCACGCACGGACUGCGCGUGCUGCUCACCUACCCGCGCACACAGAUGCUGCCCGCGCUGCUCUGUCUCGGUGCGACAGCGGGCCUGCUCAGCACUCACCAAGUCGCACGCCUGCGCAUCGGCCGGGCAGAACGGCUGCUUGAGGGACUGGCGGACAUGCUGGAGACGCGCCGCAAGGAGGCGGAAAUGUAUGUCACGGCGGCGCAGUUGCUGCUGCUCGGUGUGGCCUACUCGGUCAUCACGGCAUUCUGCUUCUCGCAGACGGCACUCGACACCUCACAGGCGCCAAUGAUCGACUUCACGCUCGACCCAAAUGGCGGGCUCCGCAUCCAGCCGCUGGAAACGGUUGCGCGCUUCGCUGACCGGCGCGCGUUCUUCAAGCUGCUGCUGCUUGCUGCUUGCGGUCUAAGCAUCAUGGACUGCGCCGUAACCGCCUUCCGCGCAGUCUGCAUGGCCGUGGUCAAGCACUCCCAGCUUCCGCCCGCGACCGACCGAAGUUCGGAAAGCGGCUGCGGCCGGCCCAGCUGCCGCGGCGCAGGUUGCGAGGACUGCGCGGCAGUCCAGGCGGGCGCAGCCGGCCUGGCGCCGGCGCCGGAGUUGGGGGGGACGGAGUUGUGGCUGGGUGCGGUGCAGGAGGUGUGUGACCGGGUGGGAUCGGUAUGGGCAGUGGCGGCAGUGCAGCGAGCGACAGGAGUGUGUGGGUGGGUUGCCGACAUCUUGGCGCCCGCCUCGCCGUUUGCGGAGGCGAUGGACCGCUGGAACUACGAGGGGAAUUUGGUGGAGUUUGCAUUCGAUUCAGACACUUCGUUCACGCGCGCGGUGCAAAAAGCAGACGCCGUUGCGGCCACCGCUGCGGCUCAGCAGAGCCCCAUCCUGGCGCUGCUCGGCACGGCGCGCUGGGCCACUCGCGGCGCCGCUUUGCUCGUGUUUGCCGCCGUCUUCGUCCCCACACACACUCUGAUGCUCCUUCUCUGCGACCUAGAUGGCGGUGCUCUCGCGCCCGCCGCACAGACGCCGCUCACCGCCAGCGCUGCCGUCGCCGCACUCACCGCCUACGUCGCACGACUCCGCCUACGCGGUCUGGACGCUACCGCAGACGCCGCGCUCUACCUCGCAGAACUGCGCCAGUGCCCACUCGCACAAGACGAAGUACUCCACGCCGUCCGGCAAGCCGCAGACUUCGACUAA